UUUUGCCUAAAAAACAAUAGUAAAACCUACAAAGUAGAAGAAAACAUUAGCUACGGUGAGGUACACCUCUGUGUAAUUUGAAGCCAAAGGUGGGUUCCACUUCCACUCCACUAGAUCCCGACGUCGACCAAAUCUCACCUGUGUGCCCUCUCCGUUGAUCCUAAGCUACGAAAAUGGUUUACAUUACUUCCUGGGACGAGUUUUUGGAUCGAUCCGUUCAGUUAUUCCGCGCCGAUCCCGAUUCUACGCGGUAUGUCAUGAAGUAUAGACAUUGCGAUGGAAAAUUGGUACUCAAGGUCACCGAUAAUCGACAGUGUCUAAAGUAUAAGACAGACCAAGCACAGGAAGCUAAGAAGAUGGAAAAACUUAAUAAUAUAUUCUUUACGUUGAUGGCUCGGGGACCAGAAGUGGAUCUCUCCGAAGUCACCGGGAAAGAACAAAUGGAUGCACAACCGAUUAAAAGAGGAAGAGGAAGAAAGUAAUAACUGAUGUAUCUUCCUGUCAAAAUAGAUCAUGAAUCUUAGGAAAUCAGUAUUUUGAUUUGAUAGAUUAUUUACCCAUUCCAAAAUCUUACAUCCAGGCCUUGAUCAAUUUAUAUGUUUUCUGUUUUCUGAAUGUACUUUCUCAAAAUUAAUCUCGGGCACAGUCACAAAAAAUUUCGGACACAGUUUUGUCUACAACGAAAUUGUUCUCAUAUCAUUGGCAAAUUUGCACAUUACCUACUUUUUCGAUUGUUAUUGAAUUUUAGCUUUUAAGA